CGUGAGAAGAGGACGAUUGACAGGUCGGCGAGGAGAAACUGUGGGCCAGCUGUCACGGCGCGCGAAAUAUCAAAUUUCUGUUGUGUCCGGAACAGGCGGGAGGAAGAGAAACAGCCCAGCUAAAGGCUUUAAUAUAAUAAUAUAAUAAUAUGCUUUAACAGUCUGAAACGGACACUUGUUCUUUGACGUCUGUUGAGUCCGCCGACGAAGCGUCGUGUCCGCUGGUUUAUUUCACAACGAAGCGUAAACGAGCCCGGCGGACAAAGAUGAGCCUGGUCGUUUCUCAACAACCGGCUGAAGGGCUCCCGACUGUGGCCCAAACGGCAACAGAGAGUGAUUCCGAUAGCGGGAUGGGCUCUCCGGCAGAGGAGAUGGCCACCGAGACGGCCAACAAAAGAGAAGAGCUUCCAGAUUCUGACGAGGAUGAAGACAUCACAGUCCAUAGAAAGCCUCACCGUAACGCCAUUAGAGACAGUGACAGCGAGGACGAGGAGGUAGCGGCAGAGAACAGCACACACAUGGCCGAAGCGCUGGUCUUAUCCGCUUCCAGCGGGGAGGAGAUGGAGACGGGGGAGAAGGAUGAGAGGAAAGACAGCGGGACGCAGAAGAAGAGCAAGAGAAUAAGCCGCGCUCCCGUUGACAGCGAAGACAGCGAGCCGGAGCAAAGUGGAGGAAUGGAGGAGCAACAGAAGGAUGUGAGGAAGGAGGCAAAAUCAACGAAGAAGAGAGAGAAGAGCCAGAGGCACCGGGAGAAGAAGGAGAAGCAGAGCAAAGCGGUGGAAAAACUAAAGAAGAAGGAGAGGCACUCUGAAAUGAAUGAGAACAUGGCGCUCCCUCGGGCUCUGAAUGACAGUGGGUGUCUGCUCGGCGACACAGACCUGUUUGACACCGGUCUGGACGAUGAUGAGGAGGAGGAAGAGUCGCUGGACGCCAUCCGAGCUGCUGUCAAACAAAAGAUGAAAAAACACAAGGAUCCUUUCCUGGAGGAUGAUGAUGAGGAGGAGGGAGAUGAAGAUGCAGAUGCAGCGGAGAAACCCCAGCGUGUGGAGCGGAAAGCUGCGCGUGCCAGCAAAGAGGCAAUGAGGCACCUCCACAGUGAGUCCCAGAGACUGGUCCGAGAGUCUACACUUGGCCUGCCCUACCACGUCCCGAAGCCGAAGACAAUCGACCAGUUCUUCAAGAAGAGAGCCAGGCCAGAGGGUCCUGCCAUGGCGUUGUUGAAAUCCACAAAGUAUUCAGCCAUGAUGUUGGAGAUCCCGUCAGCUGCUCCUCCUCCUGCUCCCAAUGAGCCUCUGCAGCCAUCUGCAGAGCAGGACUCCUCUCCCUCUCUGGAUCUGUCUUCCACUCAAAUCCAGCCCAUACCUCACCCCGCCGCCACCUCGUCCCCGCAGCAGGUGAGCCUCAACCAGGCCAGAGAGGCCACAGCAAGCCCAGAUCCCGACCAGGAAUCUGGACCGAUGCUGUACCUCUCCGAGAGUCUGCAGGAGUACGUCCCAGCAGUUGGAGCACUGGGACCUGCUUCUGAUCCUCAGGAAGAAACGUCUCCGGCACCCUCUGAGAGAAAGCUGUUGUCUGAUUCGGAAGUCCCGCAGAAAGGGCCAGUGUCCGUGUCUUCGGCGGAGCCUUCAGCCACCCGGUGUGGGAUCACUGCUCCGGCCACAGCACAGCCUUCAGCACAGCAGUCCACCAAACUCAAGGUGGACAAAUUGGCCAGACUGAAGAGGCUUGGACUGGACCCCCCGCCUGUUGCUAAAUUGUGUCCAGAUGACGGCUCCUUCGUUGAACUCGAGCCGCCGCCGCUGAACCCUGGUGUGGAGGCCCUGAAGAAGCGCUACCUCCGUCACGUCAAGGCACCCGCACGCCCUCAGGGAGAGCAAACCAUGCAGCUCAACAUCGUGCGCAAAGACACCACCCCGUCUGGCCAGGAGGAGCUGCGCACCGAGUCUGUCACUGUCACCGUUAAGGAGGGAGCGGAGAAGCCCCCCGCGGCGACCAAACCAGGAGAGAAGCUGCUGACUCUGAAGCAGCGCCUGCAGCUCGCCAUGGCCCAGAGGAGGCAGGAGGAGAGGGUGCGCAGGGCCGAGCUGAAUCGCCUCGACAACGAAGACUGUGGGGAAGAGGAAGAGGAGGAGGACGAGAUGACCGAUGAGUCCGAGGAGGAAGAGAACGUAGACGACUUACUGGGAGGUGGUGGUAGUGAGGAAGAAGAGAAGGAGCAUGAAGACGAGGAAGGCUGCGUAGCCCAGAGUAUCAGGAGUCCUUCCCCCGUGGCACUGAACGAACCCUCCGACCUGAUUAAUACAGACAGUACGCUUAUGCUGUUCCCUGGCAACUCCUGCUCUCGUACCGGUGAUGGCGUAAGAAGGGCUGGUCCUUCUGGACAGGACAGCAGCAGCAAUAAGAUGGAAGAGGACGACUCUCUGUACCUGGGGAAGGACAACAGCCACAACAGCAGCUUUGAGCUGGCGGGAUCGAUGAUAACCUCCUACCAGCCUGUCAGUCAUCAGCGCUCGGCAGGGAGGAGCAUCUCCAACUCCUCCAUUUUCCGCUCCCCUUCGCCCUGCCUCUUCAGACCCAGCUUUCUCGGCUCUGCCUCCAAGAGCUCAGGCAAACUCUCCGAGCCGUCUCUCUGCCUCCCCGCUGAGGACUCCCAAGACCUGUAUGCGCCUACGUCCCCUGGAGCAGAUUCGGGGCCCCUGGGAGGAGUGGCUUCUGGCCCCGGCCUGGGCGGAGACUCCCAGGGUCGCUUCUCCUUGGAGGACGACACCCAGUCGCAGUUGCUGGACGCGGACGGCUUCCUUAACGUGGGGCUGCGGUCUGGUGCGCCUCGCUCCCACAAGAGGCAGCUGAUCCUGGACAGCCUGGAUGAGAACGCCAUGGACGCCAACAUGGGCGAGCUGUUUGGGCUGUGCUCGGGGGUCUUCAGAACAGUGGAGAGUGGCUCCGGCGGGCCGGGGCGAGGAGGCCCCGGAGGAUCGCAAGAGGACGAACUGCUCGGGUUGUGCUCCGGAGCGUUUCUGCUCACACAGGCUGGGGAGGAGCUGAAGAGAGCGGACAGGGGGGAGGAGGAGUCUGAUAAUACCAUGGAUCAGCUGCUGGGCCUGUGUUCGGGGAAGUUUCCUAGUCCAGGUUCUGCUCACACGGCCUCGUCGGCACAAGAGAGUAAAAAGAAGCCAGAGGAAGAGCAGCAGGAAGAGGAGGAUGAGGAUGAAGAGGACUGCGAAUUCCGACUUCUGUCAGAUGUGGAAAGUCACAGUGAACCGGAGGACGAGGAAGGUGAAGAGGAGGACGAGGCAGAGGCUGGUGAGAACGAGGACAAUGACGUAGAAGAGGAGGAGAUGCAGGGUGUCUUUGCAUCACAACGGGUCAAGAAGAAGAAGAAGAUGAUGCGGCUGACCGACUACCUGGAGUCGGAGGCUGAGCUGUCCGGCAGCGACAUGGGCAGCGACGACGAGGACGGCGACGGAGAGAACGAAUACGAGGAGGAGGUGCUUCUCGAGGAGCUUCCCUCUGACGAAGAGCUGCAGGACCAGGUCAACAAGAUCCACAUGAAGCAGAUAAUGGACGACGACAAGCGGAGUCUGAGGCUCUACCAGGAACGCUACCUCGCUGACGGCGACCUGCACUCUGACGGCCCGGGGCGAGCUCGCCGCUUUCGUUGGAAAAAUAUCGAUGAUGUGUUCAACGCGGACAGGUUGGGCACAGAGGGCGACGGAGAGGAGCAGGAGGAUGAAGAGGUGGACCUGUCCGAGGUCCAGAGGAGGAGAGAGAGGCUGGAGAGAGAGCAGUGGCUCAGGGAACAGUCUGAGCAGAAAUUCAAGAAAGGGGACGACCUGGAUGCAGACGACGAGAAGCCCGGGGAGGAAGACAGUCGCUUUAUCAAGCUGGCCAAGAAACUGACCGCCAAGACUCUGCAGAGAAAAGAGCCCCCCACACCACAGCCAGAGAAGACUCCGGCUCUCAACCCCUUCCAGAGACCCUUGCAGUCCUCACAGGUGAGGAGAGGGUCACUGCUGAGUCAGCCUCAAUCCGUCCUCCAGAAGCUGGCCUCCAUCUCGGAGGGGAAUCCUCUGGCGCCCAGAAACUGCAGAGGCUUCCUGUUCCAAACCCUGUCCCCAGAGAAGGACACGGCCAACUCCGAUGCUCCCAAGAAACAGACGAUGAAGAAGAGGGGGCCGGUGGAAGCCGUGAACCCAACAGCGAAGAGGGUAUGCAUGGAGAACCGGCCCGCAGGACAGACCAAAGGCCCCCAGAGGAGCAUCUUCAACUUCCUGGACCACUGAGGAGGCAACACUGCCAGCUGAAUGAUAAUCGUCAGCGGGCAAAAGGACAGAAUUGACCGGCCACAUCCAGUGUUUCACAAGCCAGCAAGACCUCAGACAGAAGGGACGGCUGUGUGCCGAAGGUGCCCCGGUAGACGUCACCUGUGAAACACAAAUACAGACACUUGUGUGUAUGUUUACAAUGCUUUUUUGAAAUUGCAAGCAAAGGCCCACCACCGAGGCAUUCAUCUGUCACACCGUACUUGACUUAAUCUGGACUUUCUGACGGAGGUCCAUUUUCAAAUGUUUUUAUCAUGUAAAUAGGAUGAUUUUUAUGUUUUUUUUUUAAAAAUAGUU